AUGGGGAAAGGUGGGGGCACAUUCGAGAGGCUUCUUGCCACCAGUCAGCUGCUGCUGGAGACUGACUGGGAAUCCAUUCUGCAGAUCUGUGAUCUCAUUCGACAGGGGGAUGCACAGGCCAAGUAUGCCAUUGGGGCCAUAAAGAAAAAGCUUAAUGACAAAAAUCCACAUGUGGCUCUCUAUGCACUUGAGGUCCUGGAGUCAGUGGUGAAGAACUGUGGCCAAACAGUCCACGAUGAGGUGGCGAGUAAACAAACCAUGGAGGAACUGAAGGAUCUGCUCAAGACGGAACCAAAUGUCAGAAACAAGAUUCUGUACUUGAUCCAGGCCUGGGCUCAUGCCUUUCGCAACGAACCCAAGUACAAGGUGGUCCAAGAUACUUACCAGAUUAUGAAAGUGGAAGGUCAUGUGUUCCCUGAAUUCAAGGAGAGUGAUGCAAUGUUUGCAGCUGAAAGGGCUCCAGACUGGGUUGAUGCAGAGGAGUGCCACAGGUGCAGAGUCCAGUUUGUUAUGACAAGAAAGCACCACUGUCGAGCCUGUGGACAGAUUUUCUGUGGAAAGUGUUCUUCUAAGUACUCAACCAUUCCCAAGUUUGGCAUAGAGAAGGAAGUGCGUGUGUGUGAGCCUUGCUUUGAGCUGCUUAACAACCACCCCUCCCUGUCUCCUCCACUUAGGAAAGCGGAAGGAAAAGCCCCCGCUGUCGGCCCGGCUGAGCUGCCUCCUGAGUACCUGACCAGCCCGCUGUCCCAGCAGUCACAGCUUUUGUCAUCCGAACACCCAAAUCAGAUGCCCCCAAAGAGAGACGAGGCAGCGCUGCAGGAGGAAGAGGAGCUGCAGCUUGCCAUAGCCCUCUCCCAAAGUGAGGCUGAGGAGAAAGAACGGAUGAGGCAAAAGAACUCUUAUCCCAUGUAUCCCAAAACGGAUCCUACUCCAGUGACCUCCUCAGCACCACCAGUCAGCACCCUGUACACUUCCCCUGUGAACUCCUCUGCUCCAUCAGCUGAAGACGUAGACCCUGAGCUGGCACGUUACCUGAACAGGACAUACUGGGAGAAGAAGCAGGAAGAGUCUCGCAAGAGUCCAACCCCAUCAGCUCCUGCCCCCGUGCCACUGGCUGAGCCCCUUCCACCAAUCAGCCAGCCUGCAGAGAGUCAUGUCCCUGUCCAGCCAGUCAGCAUAGUGGAGCAGCAGUACCAGAACGGGGAGUCGGAGGAGAAUCACGAGCAGUUUCUGAAGGCUCUGCAGAAUGCCGUGACCACCUUCCUCAACCGCAUGAAGAGCAACCACAUGCGUGGGCGCAGCAUCACCAACGACAGCGCUGUGCUGUCACUCUUUCAGUCCAUCAACAACAUGCAUCCACAACUGUUGGACAUUCUCAACCAGCUAGAUGAAAAGAGAUUGUACUAUGAGGGGCUGCAGGACAAGCUGGCUCAGGUGCGCGAUGCGCGGGCUGCUCUCAAUGCCCUUCGGGACGAACACAGAGAGAAGCUGCGUCGUGCUGCGGAGGAAGCAGAGAGACAGAGGCAGAUUCAGCUGGCACAGAAACUUGAGAUCAUGAGGCAGAAGAAACAGGAGUACCUUGAGAUGCAAAGACAGCUGGCCAUCCAACGCCUUCAGGAGCAGGAGAAGGAGAGGCAGAUGCGUCUUGAGCAGCAGAAACACACUAUUCAGAUGAGAGCCCAAAUGCCUGCAUUCUCCCUACCUUACGCCCAGAUGCAGUCUUUGCCUCCAAAUGUGGCUGGAGGAGUGGUGUACCAGCCUGGUGCUCCACCUAGCUACCCAGGCACCUUUAGUCCAGCUGGAUCUGUGGAGGGUUCACCUAUGCACAACAUCUAUAUGAACCAGCAAGGUCAGACCGCACCACCACAAUACCAGGCAAUGCCUGGUCCUCCCACAGAUCCUAAUAUGGUCAAUGCGUACAUGUACCAGCCUGCAGGCACCAAUGGGCAGCCUGUUCCACCUCCUGGGCAGGCUCCGCCUACUACGAGUCCACCCUACUCCAACUAUCAGCCCACACCCACGCAAGGCUACCAGAAUGUGGUCUCUCAGGCCCAGAACAUGCCCCCCAUGACCCAGCCUCCUCCCACCAAUGGAAUGGGCUACAUGGGCUACCAGCAGUACAGCAUGCAGAACAUGAUCUCAGCGUUGCCCGGACAGGAUCCUAAUAUGCCCCCACAACAGCAGUACAUGCCAGGCCAACAGCCCAUGUACCAACAGCUGCCUCCCCCUGGUGGCCCACAGCAGCAGCAGCAGCAGCAGCAGGCGCCUCAGCCUGUGCCUGGCAGUGCAGAGGCACAGCUCAUCUCUUUCGACUGAGAGCCCACCCGCUGCAGGGCCCGACACACUACACCCUUUCUCCUCCUUUGGUCUUUCCCCUCACCCUCUGGACUCUGAGGAAGCCCUCCCAAAACACACACGAAUACACACACAUACACCUCCCGCCUUUUACCUUACUGUGAUGUUGUGGCAAUGUAAAUAUUGUGAUGAUGUUGCAGAACUUUCUCUGUCCUAGCUUAAGUAUGGAAAUGCUGUAAACUGAGAGAGAGAAAGCACCAAACCUAGACCCCUUCACCCUCUCCCUCUCCUCUUUCCGGCUGACAUGUAUGUAGUAUUUCCUUAUUAAAAGAGUAACUGAAGAUCUGAAAUAGUCAGUGGUAUUACAGUUAAAAAUGAAUAAGAAAAUAUGAUAAUAAUUGAGGAGAAAAAAACAAGACAUAACCAUCCUUAGUCUCAUAUUUUCUAAAGCAGAACUUGCAUGUUAGAUUUAAUUAUUUUCUGGAAUGGAUGAUGAGAGACUUCAUUAUGUGCUGUUUCAGAUGAUUGUAACGAAAGAAUGAUGUUGAAGUGAGAGCACAGUGAAAGGCCUGAAUCAAACAGGACUAACUCACAUCUCCAAACAGGCUCACAGCUUGCCGUUCCAGUUGCAGUUAUUUUGGAUCCAUGUCCUCUCAUGCACACACAAACUAUGCUCGUCUUUGUUUUGUAAUACGUUUAUUGUGCACUGCUCGGAUUAUUGAGUGUCCCCUUGUAGGUUCUUAACUGACAAAAUACAAUGCAGGGAUUGUACAUUGUGGAAGGAGUGUUAGAAAGUUAGCUGGGUGGUUAUUUUUAUUGUCACUAAGAAUAGUUUUAGAGUAUAAACUGGUGCACAUUUUAGCAGUUCAGCAGCUUUUGCAGCAUCCUCUAUCUGUUUAAUAAAAUUAUCAAUAACACCACAGGACUGAAAUAAUCAUUUAAACUUACUAAUUUCAAACAACCUCCAGGCGCUCCAUCCCAUGUGCAUUUGAUUGUUACUGUCUUACAUGAGAAUAUCUUAAUAUGAACUACAGAUGGGCAGGCUUCUUUAAGUGUACUCGAAAAGUGUGGGAAAAAAUGCUUGCAGAGCAAAUAAGACAUGCAGCAUGUGUCACACCCAUUCAGUGAUUUCUGUAACCUUUCAUUUUCCAUCUGUGAACUAAUUCAUUUCAUCAUACUGAUCUGUCUGACUCCAAGUACUUUUGAAAUUAUAUUUAAUAAUAUCUGGUUCUUAUGGUC